GGGCUAUUUGAUUGCAGCACCUUCUGUAUUCAGAUCUGGUGUGGAGGAAGCUAUCAGUGUAACCAUCUUCAACUCUGUCAAGGAGACAACAGUCCAGAUCCAGUUAGUGGUCAAAGGAGAAACCGUGUCACGGAGCCACGGAACAGUCCUGGAUAAGGGAACGAUUAAACUGAAGGUGCCUUCAGGACUUCGUGGACAAGCACAUCUAAAGGUCUGGGGCAACAGGCACCUGGCAGAGGAAGGUUACAUUUUCCACAACUACACCACAGUCACCAUCGACAGCAAAGGAUCCUCAGUGUUCAUCCAGACUGACAAACCUGUCUAUAAACCCAAGCAGAAAGUGUUGAUAAACCUCUUCAUGGUGACUUCUGACUUGAGACCAGUCAAUGACAGGAUUGAAGCUUACGUGGUGGAUCCUCGGGGCUCUCGUAUGAUAGAGUGGAGCAAUCUGAAGCCAUUCUGCUGUGGGAUUGUCAACAUGACUUUUCCUUUGUCUGAUCAGCCAGUGUUUGGGGAAUGGCUCAUCUUUGCAGAGAUGCAGGGGCACACAUACAACAAGUCUUUUGAAGUUCAGAAAUAUGUAUUACCCAAGUUUGAGCUGCUGAUUGAUCCCCCUCGCUACAUUCGUGACCUUUCACUGUGUGAAAAAGGAACUGUCCAUGCCAGAUACACAUUUGGAAAACCAGUGACAGGGAAGUUAAUUGUCAACAUGACUAUAAAUGGUGUCGGGUACUACAGGCAUGAAGUGGGACAUCCUGUCCUCAAAACUACCCAGAUUGAUGGCUCUGCUGCCUUCGAGGUGUGUGUGAAGGACAUGAUGCCAGCUGAUGUCCCUGAGCACUUCCGAGGCACGGUCAACAUCUGGGCCACGGUGAUCAGCUCUGAUGGGAGCAAGCAAGUCACAUUUGAUGACUCAACCCCUGUUCAGAAACAGCUCAUCGAUAUCAAGUACUCCAAGGACACCAGGAAACAGUUCAAACCUGGGCUGCCCUACAAGGGGAAGGUAGAAGUGACUUACCCUGAUGGAAGUCCAGCAGACAGAGUCACUAUCCGAAUCAAAGCUGAGCUCACACCCAAGGACAAUGUUUAUACAAGUGAACUGGUAUCAAGGAAUGGCCUGGUGGAGUUUGAAAUCCCCUCCAUCCCCACAGCUGCCCAAUAUGUCUGGCUGGAGACCAAAGUGACAGCAAUUGAUGGGAAACCCUCUGGGGAUCAAUAUCUGCCCAACUACUUGUCCAUCAGCAGCUGGUACUCACCCAGCAAGUGUCACAUUCAGCUCCAGGCACCAGAUAAACCUUUCCAG